AUGUCAACAGCCACCCGGACAGGCACAUGCCUCUGCAAAGGCGUCUCUUUCACCGUAGAAGGAGAACCUAAGAUUGUGUUUUGCUGCUACUGCAGCGAUUGCGCACUUGGCGCUGGAGGACCAUGUCAGAUCACAGCACGCUACCAAUCCUCCCGGUUCAGUAUCAACGACCCCGAAUCUCUCGUCACGACGUACACAAUCACCGAGACAGGGAGCGGAUUCCCAAAGGAAAAGUACUUCUGUAAGCGCUGCGGGUGUACAUUGUACACUGUCCCGUUGGCGGACGAGGGACGAACGAUUGUGAUUAGGCCGGUGUUGAUUGAGAACGGUCUUGAAUUGUACAAGCCUGAAAUCGAAUGUUGGUUGAAGAAUCGGCCGAGUUAUUUCAGCGGGUGUCAGGAAGCUGAGCAGUGGGAAGCUGGGCCUACGUCGCGGAAAUGA